AUGGAGAAAUCGUCUCUCUUCCACGCGGACGGCGCUGAUAUCUUCCAGAUCAUCGAGAAGGCUAUCCUCGUCGCCGCCUUCGACCACCCCGACGAGUUAAAGAGGCAGCAGGAUACGAUCGCAGAGUUGUGCUCCAAAGCGCUCCUCCAGCCUUUUCCUCAAGGAGCCAAGGCCGAUGAGAUCAUCAAAAAGGACACCGAAGAGAUCAUCAAAAAGGAAAAGGAGGAGGAGGAGGACCAAUCCAUCGACGUCGUCGAAGAGGUGACGCGGAUUAAGGGCAUCCUUUCCGGCCAUCACCAUCAGGCUGAUGACGUCCUGUUAGAUUUAUUGAGGGGUCUGCAGCAAUUGAAGUUCACGUACGACAUCCUUGAGGCGACGCAUAUCGGAUUUGCUGUUAAAGUCUUGCACAAGCACACUUCGAAAAACAUUCGCCACUUGGCUCGAACUGUAACCUUGGGGUGGAGGAAAGUAGUGGAUGAAUGGGUCGAAGCUACUGAUGCCAUUACUGAAAAUGGGCUAGACGACUCUGGGAUUCCUUUGGCUUUGGCUAAGGUUCAGGAGGAAAGAUCUGUAGAAGAAAAAGUAGAGAUGACAAGGCAAGAAACAAGACUGCUACCAGUUUCUACACAAGAGCUUCAUCAUGUACUUGGAGGAGUCGGAGCAAUCCCCGUCAACGCUCCAAGGGAAGAAUUAAUCAAGCCAAGGGGAGUUGCUGAACCAGAGCCUGGCAGAUUGCCAAAGCUUGCCUCUCGGCGACAACUUCCACCUCAAAGGAAGCCACCAUCAAUUCCACAACGGGAUGAGCAAUCUAAACUGCAGGAUGAGGAAGCUUCGGUUCAGGCAAAGUUGGAAGUGGCAAAGCGCAAACUGCAAGAAGGAUAUCAGAGAAUUGACAAUGCGAAAAAACAGCGGACGAUAAAAGUGGUUGAGCAGCGAGACAUGCCGAAGAAGGGACGCCGCACUUUGAAGCCUAUUCAGAAACUGAAGAAUGAGAUUAAGGAAUGGGCAAGAUCUCAUUCUGUGAAGCCGUCACAGAAACAAUGA